AUGACGACCACAGAAAAGCACAGAAGUCUCGAGUUGGCUGAUCCAGCUUUACUUGAGAAGAUUGACAAACUUUUCGCCUGCAACGUGGGGGAGUAUGUCAGUCUCCCCCAACUGGUUGUCGUUGGUGACCAGUCCUGCGGUAAGAGCUCGGUCCUUGAGGGCCUGACCAAGUUAAACUUCCCUCGAGAUAGCGGCCUGUGCACAGGAUUUGCGACACACAUUAUCUUCCGACGUGAUGGCAACUUGGUUGUGCGGGAGAUAUCUGCGUCUAUAAUCCCUGCAUCAGAUGCAGCUCCAGAGGAGGACCAGAAGCUGCGAGGUUGGAAGGCCUCUGGCCUCCAGUCACUGAGUGCUGAGGACUUCAGCCGUACGAUGAAAGAGGUCCACGAGGUUAUGAACCUUUCUUCAUGUGAUGGGGACCAAAAGCCGACAUUUUCCAACAGCGUGCUACAGCUAGAGAUUCGUGGCCCGAACGAGAGCCACCUGAGCGUCAUCGACGUGCCCGGGAUCUUCAGGAAUACAACACCGGAUCGAACUACAAAGAAUGAUAUCACGCUGGUCAGGAAUAUGGUCCUUCAUUACAUGCAAAACCAACGGUCUAUCAUGUUGGCUGUGGUUCCAGCAAACGUCAACAUUGCGACGCAAGAAAUCAUUGAGAUGGCCAGCGAGAUUGACCCGGAAGGAGAAAGGACCUUGCGGAUCCUCACCAAACCAGAUCUCGUUGACAAAGGAGCCGAGCACAAAGUAAUUCAACUCAUUCACGAUGGCAAUGCGAACGGGCAGCUGGGGUGGAUCCUCGUCCGAAAUCUCGGUCAAGAGCAGCUUCAGGCUGGCAAUGCCGACCGAGAUGCCGAAGAAAGGAUGUUCUAUCAACAUGCGCCUUGGAAUUGUGUACCGCCUGAGAAUUACGGGAUCUCAGCAUUGACGGCUCGCCUCCAAGAACUCCUCACCUCAAAUGUCCGCCGCGAGUUCCCCUCGGUACGCUCUGAAGUGAUCAAGAGGCUGAAAGUCUCAAAGAAUCUCUUGCAAUCUCUGGGAGUUCAGCGAGAGACAGCAGAGCAGCAAAGGCGGAUUCUUCUAGAUAUUGUGUCGGCUUUUCAAGAGAUUACACAGCACGCCCUUGCUGCAAAUUAUGGCGUCAAUGAUGUGUUCGAUGAGGACAAGGAUUUGCGCCUGGCUACAUUGGUCGCUCUCAGGAACGAUGUCUUUUCGAACAACCUCGCCCAUUGGGGUCACACCUACACUUUCCGAUCGAAGCCGGAGAGGCCGGAGGACACAGAAGGCAGUGUUGGUGACCGUGAAGAAAGGCGCAAUAAUCCAACCAAUACUGAAAAGGAACAAGAUAUCAUCCAAAGCCGGAAAACCUGGGAUACAACUCAGAAUACAUCAGUGGCGGACCUUGAAGAGAUUCUACAUGCCUCUGAACCUGUGGAGCCCUCCUUCAAAUCGGGCAUUCUUCCGUGGAUUGAGGGGAUUUACUCCAAUUCUCGGGGCUUCGAGAUAGGUACAUUCAAUCAUACCUUACUCUCUACCCUCAUGAAGAAGCAGUCCGUCAAAUGGCCGAUCCUCGCGCGUGGCUACAUCAGUGACAUUAUCAGUGUCGUGCAUGCAUUCAUACGCAAAGCACUUGAAGUAGUCUCCAAAAACACACAGAUCUCCACAAGUAUCAUGUCCCUGCUCGUGGGUGACCUUGUUGAAAAGUACAAGCAGGCAAUUUCAAUGGUUGAGUUUUUCCUGCGAGUUGAACGCGAAGGGACCCCGAUUACACUCAAUCACUACUUCAAUGACAAUCUCGAGAAAUGCCGGCAAAAGCGAACGUAUUCGACUGCUGCCAAAAAGUCCUUUGAUGAUUGCAAGCACGGAGAGAUUGUCAGACUGACUGACCUUGCUCACCAACACCAUAUGAGCAACAUCGAACAUACUGUUUGGGACAUUCAUGACAUUCUCGACUCCUACUAUAAGGUGGCUCGGAAGAGUUUCCUGGAUAAUGUGUGUAUGCAAGCUGCGGAGCAUUACCUGGUCACUGGCCCCGAGGCACCGAUGAAGUUGUUUUCCCCUUCAUGGGUUAAUGACCUUUCCAACGAGAGACUGGCGGAGAUUGUUGGGGAGGGCAGGGCUUUGAAGCGGAGACGACGCCAGUUGCAGAAGGAGAUCGAAGACCUGGAGGCUGGAAAGGCAGUUCUCAUGAAAUGA